CUCAUCUUUUAAUCCUUCAUAAUAAUAAUGCUAUUGCUACGCAAGUGUUUGCUGCUUGCCAUUGUGGCAGCAGUCUGUCUUGGUGUAUUCGUUUCAACGACAUCCGCAAGAUUGGUGACUGACGACAUCGCUUCAUGGACCAAAGAACAAUACUACGACUUUUUGGACAAAUACAACAUCCCAUACAAGGAAAGCGACCCGUCCAUUGUAGACACGGUCAAGUACUACAAAGACGCCGCUGCCGCCAACGCUGAAAUCUUCGGUGCCAAGAUCGAUCACAUUUUGUCUGGACUAAAGAUCAAGCUUGAACAGCAAAAGGGUAUUUCCGAAACCAAUAUGGAAACUGUGAUCGACACGGUCCAGCACCGUCUUCGACAACUUGAACUCCAAGGCCAGCUCUCACGUGACCGAGUGUUGCAGUCGCUUGGCAGCAUCGAGCGCGAUCUUACCAAGAAAAGGAUUGUCACCGAAGCACAGUGGCGCGAAAUCUACAAUGACUUGGCAUCCUCGUUCCAGGAAAACACCGCCUGGUACCAGCGUGUGUUUACUCGCAAGUCCAAUGACGCUGCUGCUUCUUUGAACCGCUGGCUGAGUGGUGUGCAAGACCGUCUCCAGCGAUCUGCCGAGUUGACCGAAGCCCAAACAGACAACGUCAUCCGCCAGUUGCGCCGUUCCAUGGAGUCGACCCGCGAUAUUAACAAGCUGGGUGAUAAGCACUGGCGUCACCAGUUCAAGCACGAGCUGAAGAAGCAAGGCGACUUGACGCAGGAUCAAAUCAAGCACGUGAUGCAUUCGCUUGAAACCGAUGUGAAUGGCUACAAGUUGUUUGCCAUGGACUAUAUCGGUGACAAGGCCGACCAGUCGCAACAGUGGGCUGGGGACAUGUCCCAGAAGAUCAAGGACUCUGGCUACGACACCAUGGACUAUGUCAAUAAUUGGUGGGCUGCCAUCUGUGGCAAGGCUCGCUCCUACUUGACCCCCAUCAUGGGAGAUCCUGCCGAUCCGUAUGCAGAUAACUCGGCCUAUGCCACCAUCCGUGCUGCCGUGGGCUCUGUUACAGAUGACUGGAAGGCUUCAUCCGCUGCUGCUUACAGGUCCAAGGAAUCCGCCCAACACGCUGCUGCCCAGGCCACAGAUGCCGCCGGUGCCUCGUUCGAAUCCGUCAAGGCUCAGGCCACCGACACAGCUGCAACAUGGCGCGACUCGUUUGCCCAUUUUUGGAAGGACAAGGAGAACGAAGCGUAUCGGCAGAUGGGCUACACCGAGGCGCAGGUCAACUGGAUUCAGUCUUAUUUGAGUAAGACCUUCACUGAUCAGAAGUCGCUGACCAAGGCGAAUGUCGACCAUGCUUUGGAUAACAUCCGCAACUACUUGCAACAAUCACAAGUCCAGACACAAGCACAGAUCCAACAUAGUAUCGAUCGUUUGGCUUUGCUGUUAGAGACUUGGAGAACCAAGUUCUAUAAGCAGAAGGCCAAUCUUUGA